GGACCGUGGCGCGACUGAAUUGUUUUCUGACUAAUUGGUUUUAAAUGGCAAUAUUACUAAAUGAAUAUCAAAUUUAUUUGAAUGGUUGUGUUUCUAAGAUGCUUCCGCUCCGUCAUCGCCGUACAGAGACGUUGUUACGCUAACCAAACUAGGGAGAUGAAGUUCCUUAAUGUGGCUGAGAAGAACGACGCGGCCAAGACGAUAGCCGGCCUAUUGUCCCAAGGUGCGGCACGGCGGCGCGAGGGGUACUCGGUAUACAACAAAGUAUACGACUUUGAGGCGCCUGUGCGCGGCCAAAAUGCCAAGAUGGUUAUGACCUCCGUCUCCGGCCACUUGAUGCAGUUGGGAUUCCCGGUAUCCUAUCGAAACUGGCGCGUCGUUGAUCCGCGCUCGCUGUUCGAUGCGCGUAAGAAGAGUGUCGCUGCGGACUAUGAGCCCAUCAAACGGACAUUGGAACGAGAGGUGCGCGGCUGCCAGGGCCUAAUCAUCUGGACGGAUUGUGAUCGAGAGGGCGAGAACAUUGGCUACGAGAUCAUCGACGUCUGCCGUGCCAUCAAGCCGAAUCUGACGGUGUAUCGGGCCAGCUUCUCGGAGAUUACGACGACAGCGGUACGCCGGGCUCUGCAGCAGCUGGGGCAGCCGGACAAGCGGCAGAGCGAUGCAGUGGAUGUACGCACUGAACUGGAUCUACGAACUGGGGCGGCCAUCACCCGUUUUCAGACCAUGCGCCUCCAGCGUCUGUUCCCCGAAAAGAUUGCAGAUAAGCUCAUAUCCUAUGGAAGUUGUCAGAUCCCAACUCUAGGGUUCGUCGCCGAACGUUACAAGGAAGUAGAGGCCUUUGUCUCUGAGCCAUUUUGGAAGAUCAGAGUUCUCCACACGAUUGAUGACCUGACGGUGGAGUUCAACUGGGCACGGAACCGUCUAUUCGACAAGGAAUCUUGUGAGAACUACCUGCUGCUCUGCCUCUCGGAGCCCGCUCCGCGUGCUCUUGUAGAGAGCGUUACGGUCAAGCCCAAACACAAAUGGCGGCCCACGCCCAUGGAUACGGUGGAAAUGGAAAAGCUUGGCUCCCGGAAGCUCAAGCUGUCGGCCAAAGAGACGAUGACUAUUGCAGAGAAAUUGUACAGCAAGGGCUUCAUCAGCUAUCCUCGCACGGAGACGAACCAGUUUUCCAAGGAGUUCGAGUUGGCGCCCCUAGUCCAAAUGCAUACGGGCCACCCCGACUGGGGAGCCUUUGCCCAACGUGUGGUUGACUGGGGUCCGAAUCCACGCAAUGGCAGCAAGUCGGAUCAGGCGCAUCCUCCCAUACAUCCCACCAAGCCGGCUGACAAUCUGCAGGGAAAUGAUGCUAGGGUCUAUGAACUAGUUGUCCGCCACUUCCUCGCUUGUGUCAGCAAGGAUGCCAUUGGUUCCGAAACCCUUGUACACAUAGACAUUGCUGGCGAGAAGUUUACGGGAAACGGACUGGUUAUUCACGACCGUAACUACCUAGACGUGUACGUGUACGAAAAGUGGAACGCCAAGCAGAUCCACCACUACGAGCAGAGGCAGCGCUUUGAGCCGACAGAGGUGUCCCUGCACGAAGGUGCCACUACUGCGCCUCCGCUGCUGACGGAGGCGGAUCUGAUUGCUCUGAUGGAAAAGCACGGAAUCGGAACGGAUGCCACUCAUGCCGAGCAUAUCAACACGAUUAAGGAGCGAGGCUAUAUAGGAGUAUUGGACAAGGGGGCCCUGGUGCCGGGAGUUAUCGGGAUGGGCCUCUACGAGGGUUAUGAUGCCAUGGAACUGGCUUUGGCCAAACCCCAGUUGCGCGCGGAGUUCGAGUCGGACCUGAAACUCAUUUGUCAGGGUCAAAAGGAUCCCAAAGUUGUUCUGACGGAGAAUAUAGCCAAGUAUAAGCAGUCCUACCAACAGAUUACCGACAAGAUCACCGCAAUGGACUCGAAGAUAGCAGCUCGUAUCAACGAAACCCCUGCGGCGAAUUCCUCGAACCAGGAAUCAGGAAGCGAGAACAGUCAACCGGCCAUGAUGCAAACUCUCUUUAAAUGCCCUAAGUGUAAUGACGGCCACAUGGCUCUGAAGGCAAAGAAGAAUCAGCAGGGCUGGUUCAUCGGCUGCACCAACUUUCCCGACUGUAAAAAUGUUGUCUGGAUGCCUAUGGAAUGCAAGGACGUGACCGCUUUAGAUGAGUGCUGCCCAAGCUGCGGUGAUACACACCAUCUGCUCAAGUUCCGCCUGAGCACGCCCUACUUCCGCGGCGUCUUCAACACCCCGAAUGGCUGGUACAAGACCUGCCUGCCCUGCGACAAUCUCUUCCGCUCUACGUUCCACAUUAAUUUAGAUUCUGUGAAGAGAGCAGGACGAAUUGUGGGGGAGGCAGGGAGUGGAGGAGACUGGCGACCAGGACCGGGGGGAGGAGGUGGCGGCGAAGGUGGAGGUGGAGGUGGAAGCGGAGGAGGAGGUGGCUCUGGAGCUGCUGGUCCUCCUCCAACUGGAAAGGGGGAUAUGCCCAUUAACGGCGGACCCAAGAAACCACCAGCAAAACCGAAGAAACCACCAAAAGCCGACACAAAACCGAAAAAAGGCUCGAAAUCCAGUAAUACCUCCUCCACUGGCGGCACCAUUCGCAGCUACUUUAGCUGUGCGGCUGCUAGUUCACCUUCCACCGAAAUGGAUGGAUUCUUUGACAGUAAUGAUGGGUUUGAGGAGGCCAUGCUAGCUGCUGUGGACUCUGUGGAGACAAGUACGAGUACGACUCAGCCACAAGUCGCCAAUUCGAUCACUCUGGAUGAUGACAUAGCCGCUGCCUUUGCCGCAGAUGAUGAUGCCGAGUUCGAGGCCUUGGUGAACGGUUGCAGCACCACGGAAAGUGAUAAUCGUCUGGAUUUAAGUCUUUCAGACUGGGUGAAGGCACAGGACGAAGCGAAUGAGCAGCCAAUGGUGUGGGGUAGUAGGGCUCGAUCAGCCAUCCCGACUGCGGCAGCCACACCGCCUCCGAGACCAGUAGCAAAAAGACCCCGCUUGGACAGCACCGAAUGGGAUAGGCCUUCCACAGGGGCAGCCGAACCAGAAGCAGUCCUGUGCACAGGAUGUCACCAGCCAGCUCGUCAGCACACUGUACGUAAAGAUGGUCCCAACCAGGGCCGGCUGUUUUACAAGUGCCCCAAGCCCAACGAGUGCAAGUUCUUCCAAUGGGCUGAUGAAGGGCAAGCACCAUCUUCAUUCAGACAGCCCAUCCAGAGUAGCAGCAACACUGCCAACUCCUGGGGCACAAAUCGUGUAGUAACUCUGCCAAGUCACCAGGAGAGAAGCAGUCAAGGGGGACAAUCCUCGUUUAUGCGGUCCAACUCUAGCAGCACUGUCACCAUAACUCAAACAAAGACAAAGACCACGCAAGAUCAUGGAGGGGAGGAGGUGAAGUGCAACUGCGGGCAGCUAGCCAGCAGACUAAUUGUGCGCAGGGACGGACCCAACCAGGGCAGACCCUUCUUUGCGUGUCCGACGCGAGAGAAAUCAUGCGGCUUUUUCAAGUGGGGCGAUGAGGAUCAAAACCAAGGUACCAGCAGCAGCAGCUCUUCCUGGGGAUCGGGCAAUCGAAACCCGCCGGCCGGACGCAGUCAAGGCGCGGAUUCUUCUGAAAAAACAGGGAAAACGCGUCGCUGCGGCUUGUGUCGCCAAGAAGGGCAUAACCGCAAUAAAUGUCCGCGGAAGAAUGACAUCGAUAUGUAGGUAAGAAACCGCAUUAAGUUGGAUGAAAGGGUUGUUUCUGAAUUAGUAUUUGCAACGUGCAUAAUUACU